GUGACUAAGUAAAGGAUCUAGUUGAUAUCAUCAUCCUUGUAGUGUAGCUUUAGAGUGCGAGAGAAAAGAGGAGAGAUAGAGAGAGAGUGCAACUACAAUAUAUAUUAGAGACCCAUCUCCAAAGUUUUCAUUGUUUCAUCUCUCUCUCUCUCUCUCUCUCUCUCUCUCUCUCUCUCUCUCUCUCUAUUUGCACUCCAACAAGUCCAAAGAUAUAUAUACAUAUACAUAAAAGAAAAAAUUUGUAUAUUGUGAGGAGAUGUUGAGCCAAGCAAGAGUGGGAUUAUUAUGGGAGGAGCUCUUGAUCAUCAUGGGCCUACUUGGGGUGCAAUGUGUCUUUGGGGUGUACAUGGUGUUCUUGAACCAAAUCCUCGCCCUCGGCGUCGACCCCUUGUUCAUCAUCGCCUUCGGGGGCCUCGCUUCUGCUGUCACCCUCCUCCCCCUCGCCGCCGUCUUCGAGAAGAAGAAAUGGCCUGCAAAGUUGAGCCCAACUCUGAUGGCUAAGUUUGUGAUGUUGGCUUUAGGAGGGUAAGAAAGCAACUUUUACUUUUACUUUGCUUUGCUCUUAC